AUGAGUACUGAUAGAAGGGAAAGGGAACAACAGUGGGCAUUUCUGGAAGAUAGCAAAGAGCAAUGGGGCCCAUGUUGGUUAAUAGCUGGUGACUGGAAUGACAUUGUUGAUAAUGAGGAGAAAAGGGGUGGUGUGAGAAGGAGAAAUAGCAGCUUUGUGGGAUUUCAGGAGUUUAUCAUUAAUAUGCAGAUGCAAGAAGUGGCUCAGCUGGGUUCUUUCUUUACUUGGGGGAAUAACAGAGAAGGGGAUGGUUAUGUGGAGGAGAGAUUGGAUAAAAUAUUUGUGUCUUUUGAGUGGGGGGUUAAGUUCCCCAACAUGGUGGCUUCAAAUUUCUACAGAUCAACGUCUGACCACAAUGUCCUUCUGUUUGAUACUGAUAAGCAGUUGGAAAGGAGACACAAAAGAUUUCAGUUUAGUAGUCAGUGGGCAAAUAUGGAGGGUGUGCAAGAUGCAGUAAAAGAUGGCUGGCAAGUGGAGGUAGAAGGCUCAGCAAUGUAUCAGGUGCAUCAGAAGGUGAAGCAUACUAGAAUGUCUCUUCUUGCCUGGCACAAGCCAGUCCACAGAAAUAGUGAAAAGGUGGUGUGA